AUGGUUGUUGCUGACAUAAAAAAUAAGUCUAUUGAGAUCGGAUACCUUGAAACUGAUAGAUCUAAUUCUCCUCUAAAAAAACAACUUAGCAACUAUAAUAAACUAAACAGGCUCGCAAAAGAUUCAAUAGAUGAAACAUGCUAG